UCCCCUUAUCUCCCGCCCCUCUCCUUUGCCGUCAGCGAUCUCCCUUCGUCUGCCGACAUCGACCGUCACCUGUAAGUUGUUUCGUGUCCGUUUUCACGGGCCGCCUCCCUCACAUCCGACGGGUUCCGAUAGAUCGCCUGAAUGGGAGAAAUCUGGAGAAACCCCUUCGAUUUCUUUUCCAUUGCAAUCUUGUCGACCUGUGGUUUCGUGUACGUUUCCGGCGGCGCCUUCCUCAUCUCUGACGACUUCCAGUAGAUCGCUGUGUUCUGUUAACGGGAGAAAUUUUGAGAAAUCCCUUCGGUUUCUUUCCCGUAGUUAUAUUUUGUCCAUCUGUAAGUGGGUCCGUGUCCGUUUCCAGCGGGCCGGACAGUGCCGCCUCCCUCAUCUCCGACGACUUUCAGUAGAUCGCCGCCGCGCUCCGUUUCCUUUCCAUAGUAAUCUAGUCCACCUGUAAGCGAUUCCUUAUCCGUUUCCAGCGGCCCCGACAGUGCCGCCUCCCUCAUCUCCGACGACUUCCAGUAGAUCGCCGCGGCGGUCCUUAUCUUUUUCCCGUCGGAGAAAUCUGGAGAAAUCCCUUCGAUUUCUUUCCGUUAUCUUGUCGACCUUUGCUGAGCCCUGAAGGCCACCUUUCUCUCUAAUAUGGGUGGAAACGAGUUCCGUUUCUUCCUUUCUUGUGACAUAAAUCUUCCCGUGACCUUCCGGAUUGAGAGACUCGAAGGUUGUCUGCCUAAUCCUCCGGCUGAAAUUGAUUCGCCGACUGGGAACAGAAAUGCAGAGAUUUUCGUGGAGUGCACCUUGCACAUUGAUGGGGCUCCUUUUGGAUUGUCAACAAAAACAAGGUUGGAAGCAUCAGGAUGUCCAUAUUGCUGGAAUGAGCUUAUUACAUUGACUGCAAAGUACCGGGACCUGACUUCACGUGCCCAACUUGCUUUUACUGUUUGGGAUGUCUCAUGUGGUAAUGACAAUGGUUUAGUUGGUGGAGCAACAGUUUUUCUUUUUAAUAGGAAAAAACAGUUGAAAACAGGGAGGCAAAAGCUUCGACUUUGGCCUGGAAAAGAGGCAGAUGGAGCAAUUCCGACAACUACACCAGGAAAGGUCGCCAAGCAUGAGCGUGGUGAGAUAGAACGUCUGGAGAGGCUUGUAAACAAGUAUGAAAGGGGCCAAAUACAACAGAUUGAUUGGUUGGAUCGUCUUACCUUUAAAACUGUUGAUAAAAUUAAGGAAAGAGAAAGCAUUACGAGUGAAAACUCCCACCUUAGCUUGGUUGUAAACUUUUGCAGCUUUGAGCACAGGGUUGUUUUCCAGGAGUCUGGAGCGAAUUUUUUUGCACCAUCCCCUGUAUCUUCGACAAAUGAGCUUGUUACUGUCUGGGAUCCUGAAGUUGGAAGGACAAAUCCUUCAGAGCACAAGCAAUUAAAGCUUGCUAGAAGCUUGACUCGUGGGAUUAUUGAUAGGGAUCUUAAACCAAGUGUUAACGAAAGGAGGUUAAUACAGGGAAUCCUGAAGUAUCCUCCAACACGUGCACUAACUGGUGAUGAGAGACAAUUAUUGUGGAAAUUUCGUUUUUCUUUGAUGUCAGAGAAGAAGGCCCUCACCAAAUUUCUACGCUGUGUUGAAUGGAGUGAUGUUCAGGAAGCAAAACAGGCAAUUGAUUUGAUGGGAAAGUGGGAAACCAUUGAUGUCACCGAUGCAUUGGAGCUUUUGUCUCCUGUUUUUGAAAGUGAAGAAGUUCGUGCAUAUGCUGUGAGUGUUCUUGAGAGGGCUGAUGAUGAGGAACUCAAAUGUUAUUUACUUCAGCUAGUGCAAGCUCUUCGUUUUGAGAGAUCGGAUAAGUCUCGCUUGUCACAUUUUCUUGUGCAACGCUCUUUAUCAAAUAUCGAGAUAGCUAGCUUCCUUCGUUGGUAUGUAGCAGUCGAGCUUCAUGAUCCUGCUUAUGCAAAGCGUUACUAUUGUACUUACGACAUGCUGGAAGAUAGUAUGAUGAGAUUGGAAGCUGGUGUAAAUCAAGAUGAAGAUGGAUUUAAGUUAUGGCAAAGUUUGGUCCGUCAGACGGAAUUGACAGCUCAGUUGUGUUCAAUUAUGAGGGAUGUAAGAAAUGUACGUGGUGGAACACAAAAGAAAAUAGAAAAAUUAAGGCAGCUUCUUUCUGGACUCCUUAGUGAGCUUACCUAUUUUGAUGAGCCUAUUCGAUCACCACUGGCUCCUGGUAUCCUCAUAACUGGUAUUGUGCCAACAGAAUCAUCCAUUUUCAAAAGUGCACUGCAUCCUUUGCGUCUUACAUUUAGGACAGCCAGUGGUGGAACUUGUAAAGUGAUCUUUAAAAAGGGAGAUGAUCUCCGCCAAGAUCAGUUGGUUAUUCAAAUGGUUUCUCUUAUGGAUCGGUUGCUUAAGUUGGAAAAUCUUGACUUACAUUUGACCCCCUACAAAGUUCUUGCUACUGGGCAAGAUGAAGGAAUGUUAGAAUUUAUUCCAUCCAGCUCCCUUGCACAGAUUUUGUCAGAACACCGUAGUAUUGUGAGCUAUCUACAGCGGUUUCACCCUGAUGAAGAUGGACCAUUUGGCAUAACAGCUCAAUGCCUUGAAACAUUUAUAAAAAGUUGUGCAGGCUACUCAGUUAUCACAUAUAUACUGGGUAUAGGUGACAGACAUCUGGAUAACCUCCUCCUUAGAGAUGAUGGUCGUCUAUUUCAUGUGGAUUUUGCCUUUAUAUUGGGUCGAGAUCCCAAGCCAUUUCCACCGCCUAUGAAGCUUUGCAAAGAAAUGGUCGAGGCCAUGGGUGGAGCAGAAAGCCAAUAUUAUACAAGGUUCAAAUCUUAUUGUUGUGAAGCAUACAACAUUUUACGAAAGUCCAGCAACCUUAUAUUGAAUCUCUUUCACCUAAUGGCUGGUUCUAACAUCCCUGACAUAGCUUCUGAUCCUGAAAAGGGGAUUCUCAAGCUUCAAGAGAAGUUUCGAUUGGAUCUGGACGACGAGGACGCCAUCCAUUUUUUCCAGGAUCUCAUAACUGACAGUGUUAGUGCAUUGUUUCCUCAAAUGGUUGAGACCAUUCAUCGUUGGGCUCAAUAUUGGCGGUGACUGAAGUUAUCGAUGGGCCACUAACAUUCUGUGGGCAUGCAGAAACAGAGUCGGUUUCUGGAGACACCUGCAAUGAGGCUUUUUUUUGUGGUCAGAACAACUCGCUGCCGCAACUCAGAUUGUAAAUUAACUAUAUGCUUGUUGGUAUUUUUAUUAUCGGGGAAGAUUGUGGUGUAAAUAUGUGGUGUAAUUAACUAUAAGCCCAGCAUAGUCAUGCGCUGCCAAAAUAGUGAUGCAGAGUUAUAUAUGUGCUCACAGUUACACAUUGGUCUCCUGCUAUGCUUCUUUUUGUUUGUGCAAUUUUACUAUCAAUUAAUAUACUGAAAUGUUGAAGGUUUCA